AUGAGUUUUGAUGAUAUAAAAACAGUUGAUGGAAAAAUUUAUCAUACCUUUAAAGAUGCAUGUCUCGCUCGUGGUCUGUUGGAUGAUGAUAAUGAGUAUAUAAUUGCCAUGAAGGAAGCAAGCACAUGGUCCACUUCUGAUUUCUUGCGUACAUUUUUUGUAAUGCCGUUGAUGUCAAAUUCCAUUUCUAGGCUUGGUCCUUUCUGGACACUAGCAAAAUCUCUAUUGUGUGAAGAUAUAUUAUAUCAGCAACGGAGGGUUACUGGUAUUCCUGAUUUGGUUCUUCCAGAGGAAGAGAUUGAAAACAUUUGCUUAUCACAUAUCGAAAAAUUGUUACUUGCUUAUGGAAGUACAUUAAGCUGCUUUUCUGACAUGCCAAAUGUUCCUGGGAACUACAUUUCAGCAUUGAACAAUCAAAUGAUAAUGAAAGAACUUUCCUAUGAUCGGAGUAGCUUAAAAAAGGAACUUGCAUCUUUCUUAAAAUCUUUAACUGAUGAACAGCAAAAAGUGUAUCAAACCGUCAUGAAUGCAGUUGCUAAAGGAAGUGGAGGUGUUUUCUUUCUAUAUGGUUACGGUGGAACUGGUAAAACAUUUCUCUGGAAAACAUUUGCAGCUGCGUUACGCUCCAAAGGUGAAAUUGUUUUGAAUGUUGCAUCCAGUGGUAUUGCAUCACUUCUAUUAGAUGGCGGUAGAACGGCUCAUUCCAGAUUUGUAAUUCCGAUAAACGUUAACGAGGAUUCUAUAUGUUCUAUGGAACCGCACAGUGAGCUAGGAGGCUUAAUAAAAGAAACUAAGAUGAUAAUCUGGGAUGAAGCGCCAAUGACACAUAAGCAUUGUUUUGAAGCUUUGGAUAGAACAAUGAGAGAUAUAGUUCGUUCCAAUAAUUCGUCCUUGCAGUCCAAGCCUUUUGGCGGAAAGAUAGUCCUUUUUGGCGGUGAUUUUAGACAAAUCCUUCCGGUCAUUCCAAAAGGAUUGUUAGUUACUCAAACUAACUGA